AUGGAUUCCUUUACAUCCUCGGAAGAGGUAUCAAGACCCGGCGGACCCGACAGCUAUAUCAACUACGCCGAAAUGGCCGAGGAGCAGCCGCCCAGCGGCGAUCAUGACGGCGUGCUUGAAGCAGGCUUGGCUCAGGCCAACAAAGAGCAGGCACAAGGGGACAAUGCAGAGCCGUACUGUGCUUUCACCACCAGAUCCAAGCUGUUCAUCGUCCUCACCGUUUCCAUGGCAAGCUUCUUCUCGCCAUUUUCGAUCAAUAUCUACAUCCCUGCCUUGCCCCAGAUAUCCAACCUGUUACACACUUCGGAAGCUGCUACCAAUGUCACGGUGACUGUCUACAUGAUCGCACAGGGACUCUCACCGGUCUUAUGGGCUCCCCUGUCGGACGUUUUUGGCCGCAGACCGAUCUAUAUCAUGACGUUCCUCAUUUUUGUGGUCGCUAACUUGGGGCUGUCCUUCACCAACGCCUAUUGGCUUUUAGUCGUACUGCGUAUGGUACAAGCGGCGGGAGCAUGCAGCGCCAUUGCCAUCGGAGCCGGUACUAUCGGUGACGUGACCGAGCGCAAAGAACGAGGGGGCUACAUGGGCUACUAUGCGCUUGCGCAGUACACUGGCCCCGCCAUCGGACCGGUCAUCGGUGGUGCACUUUCUCAGCGAUGGGAUUACCAUGCCACUUUCUUCUUCUUAUCCGCACUCUCCGGCCUCUUUUUGAUCUUUAUGAUCGUCUUUCUGGUCGAAACCCUUCGUGUUCUCGUUGGCAACGGCAGGGCGAGCACUUCCGGCAUUUAUCGACCCUUGGUGCAGCCAAAAUUGGUGGCAUCCGCUGCAAUUGCGCCCCGACCUAAGAUGAACAGUCCACUGCAAGGCCCUCUCGACUUUGGCUUCCACCGUCCGUUCUUGGUUUUUGCACGCCCCGAGACCAGCCUGGCGAUCUUGGCCUUCUCGAUGGUGUAUGCCAGUUACUAUUUAUCGUCCUCAUCGCUACCCUAUCUGUUCAAGAUGACUUACGGCCUGGAUGAACUGCUAAUCGGCGUUUGUUUUGUUCCCAGUGGCGUCGGCUGCGCCGUCGGAACAGUGCUCGCUGGCAAGAUUUUGGAUUGGGACUAUAGACGAGCGUUGAACAAGAACAAGCUGACCGUCAAGGUGACACGCGCGAGGCUGCAGUCGGCAUGGAUUUAUCUGCCAUGCUAUGCAGCCUCACUUCUGGCCUAUGGGUGGUGUGUUCAAGUGCAUACUCACAUCGCCGCUCCGAUUGUGUUUCAGUUCACUUUGGGCAUGUUCUCGACCAUGUACUUCACCAACGUCAACACGCUCAUUGUGGACCUGUAUCCAGGCAAAGCAGCCAGCGCCACGGCGGCCGUCAAUGUUGGGCGCUGCCUGCUCGGCGCCGUGGCUGUAGCUGCUGUACAACCAAUGAUUGCUGCCAUGGGUGCCGGAUGGACCUUCACGACUGGCGCACUCCUCACCUUUUUUAUUGGUCUUGCGUGCCAGGUGCUCAUCUACCUUUAUGGCGAGGUGUGGGCCACUCGGCAACGCACCUGA